AUGCGGACCUUCCCCUCUUCAUGGAAAGCGAGCACGAGCUUGGGUCUCGGAGCCAUUUCGGCGCUCGCAGUCCUCGCCCCUUUUGCUGCGGCCGCGGCGGGCAAAGCCAAUACGUUUGCUGUCGUCGGUGAAACAGGGUGAGUCAGGAUUAGAAAGCGCCUUGUCUUCAUGAGCAUGGGUCUGAUGUAAUUGGCAUUCAUAGAGCGAGUGCUCAGCAAAUGUUCUUGGGUGUGAGUUGAACCCGUGUUACAAGAUGCCUGCGAAUCUUUGCGCUCGGACUGAUUCGAGCACACGCCCCUUCCUUGCAGACCGAGAACAAGGUAAAUGUUUGCUGCUGUCUAUGGGCGAUUUCUGCUUGUCCUAUACUAAUAUAAGCACUCAUGUAUUCUUGAUGUCUGUUGUUACAGGUUUACAUCAUAGACAAGACCGAGAACAACAGUGAGUGGUCUUCGUGCUGCGGUUGAGCGACAUCUCCUGGCGUCUGAGCUGACCUUCCCGCACCAUUCGGCAAAGCCAUUAGCUGCGCGUGUCAACGGACAUGCUGCUGUAAGUGAUGGUUGUUCCCGCGAAGCACUUUCUUCGCCCCUGAUCAGUUGACUGAUCUUCCAUCAAUGACCUCCCUAAAGUGGGCAACAGAGUAUGAUCUCUCCAACAACUCGUACCGAUCCAUGGAUAUCAUCACCAACACCUUCUGCGCCGGUGGUAAUUCGCUCGGCAACGGAUCUUGGAUCAAUAUCGGUGGGAACCAAGCCAUCACGACAGGAGGGACCAACACCUCUGACGGAACGGGUGCUUAUUCGGAUUAUUCGGGCGGAAGGACCGUCAGGGUGCUUACGCCUUCGGAUGAUGGGACGCACGAAUGGUACGAGGAUAAGUAUGGGAUGCCGAUCAAUCGAUGGUAUCCUUAUAUUGAGACGCUCGAAACGGGUGAUGUCUUGAUUCUUGGUGGUGAGUUGUUGCUCGAGAUAGAUGGGCUUCUUAGUCGAAAUAAAACUGAAAGGGAUCCAUUCGACGAGCAGGUGAACUGUAUGGCGGCUUCGUCAACUCGGUCAACCAGAACCAGAAUGUGCCAAGCUAGUCAGUUCAUGACGUUCAUGACUGAGCGAUAAACCCGAUCAGUGAUGUUGACGGAUGCUUCUUUCGAUCUCGAUCAGUGAAUUCUGGCCGACCCGCGGUGACCCCGUCAACUCGACCUUCUUGGCCAAAACCCAACCGGCGAACCUGUACCCUCUCAGUUGGCUGCUCCCCAAUGGACUGGUCUUCAUGCAAGCCGAUUGGCAAACCCAACUGCUCAACUACACCUCGGGUGACGAGACGGCCCUCCCCAACAUCACAAUCGCACAAAAGACGUACCCUUCGUCCGGAGCGACGGCGAUGCUGCCUCUGACUCUCGCGAACAAUUAUACCGUCACGCUGCUCUUCUGCGGUGGUAUGACCCCCGAGCGUGACGAUUGGGAUACGACCAAGUGGAACAUCGCCGCGACCAACACUUCUUCGUCAUGCGUCUACAUUAACCCCGAGGAUGGCACGUCGGCGACAUGGAAAAACGACGAUGACCUGCCUGAGAACCGUGGUAUGGGCAACUUUAUCAUCCUCCCCGACGAGCGACUCCUUUUGCUGAACGGUGUCGCCAAGGGUUCGGCAGGAUACGGAUGGACCGACUGGGCUGUCAACCAAUCCUACGGUCAGGAUCCCGUCCUCCGACCUGCUUACUACAACGCCUCGGCUCCUUCCGGCACGCGCUUUUCCACCAAGGGGUUGCCGUCCUCUUCCGUGGGGCGUCUAUACCACUCGUCUGCAACGCUCCUCGUUGAUGGCUCCGUCUUCAUCGCGGGUAGCAACCCCAACGCUGACGUCAUCACCGACGUCAACAACGUGAGCUACGUUUACAAGACCGAGUAUCGUUCCGAGAUCUUCUACCCGUCUUACUACGACUCUGGACGACCUGUUCCGAGCUCCCUCCCUUCCAACAUCACCUACGGGGGUGAGUACUUCCAGUUCGAUCUACCUAAGUCAUCCUUGAAUGGUUCUUCCUCCGCCAACCUCAAAGUAUCACUCAUCCGUACGGGUUUCUCAACCUAUGCGAUGAACAUGGGCAUGAAAUACAUCCAACUCCGACACUCGUACACAUCGCACUCGAACGGCUCAGCAACGAUCUACGUCGGCCAAGUCACACCCAACCCACGCAUGUUCCAACCGGGUCCGGCAUUGCUCUUCGUCACCGUCAAUGGGAUCCCGAGUACAGGCAAGAUGGUCAUGGUCGGUAACGGUGUGAUUGGUGAACAACCCGUUUCGGAAGCUUCGACCCUUCCUGGUACGGCGGCCAGCGUCACUGUGACUUCAACGUCCCCUUCGACUGCGACUGCGACGGCUACGGCUACGGCUACGGCUACGGCGGGCCCGAAUCCGAGUUCGACCUCCUCUUCCAAGGCCUCGGGCGCGAUCGGUGCUUCGGCGCUCCUCCAGGGCUUGAUCGCUCUCGUCGGAGGGUGGGCACUCGUAUGA